AAAAGCCUUCUCCACUGCCUUUCUCACUCACACCUAUCAUCUCCCUUCUUAACGACGACUCGAAUUCUAAAAAAGAAAAAAACCUACGCCAUGAAACCCCUCUUCUCCGUCCCAUUCUUAACCUUCCUCUUCUUCUAUUUCUACUCAGUCCCGACCCUCGGUUCCUACGUAUACGACGCUAGCGCCACCACCACCACCGUCAUCAACUCUACAGAUUUCAUUCGUACAAGCUGCUACGCCACCUUGUAUCCCGAUAUUUGCUAUACUUCCCUUUAUGGCUAUGCCAACGCCAUCCAACAAGACCCAGCUCGUCUAGCUCGUGCUGCCAUUAGUGUCAGCCUCUCUAAAGCUCGUAACAUGGCAGUCUACGUCUCUAACCUCUCCCGCGAAGCCGAUUACGGCGCCGACCCAAGAGCCAGCGCAGCCUUGCACGACUGUUUCUCGAACAUGGGUGAUGCAGUGGAUGAAAUCCGUGGGUCGCUGAAGCAAAUGCAACAGGUGGUGGCUCCAGGUUCGGAGUCUUUCAGGUUCCAAAUGGGGAAUGUCCAGACAUGGAUGAGCGCGGCUUUGACGGAUGAGGAGACGUGUACGGACGGAUUCGAGGAUGUGGCGGAUGGGCCAAUGAAGACGGAGGUCUGCAAGAGGGCGGCUAAAGUGAAGAAGUUUACGAGCAAUGCUUUGGCGUUGGUUAAUAGUUACGCAGAAAAGGGUACAAUGUAAUCCGCAAAUGAAAUGAAAACUGUAUAAUUUCUAAAUUACCUGAUGCCUAUUGUUGAAUGUCUUUUUUUUUUUAAAUGUACAUUGGUUUCAGACAUAA